AUGCUUUGCGAUCUUUCUUUUUGUCAGGGUAAAUAUGUGUUUUCGGAUGAAUUAGAAUACGAUAUCGGUAAGGAAUGGGGCUAUUGUGACGUCAAAAAUAAUCGCAUGUUCGCCGUGGAACUGCAAAAUGGUUUGAAACCGGCAGGUCGAUGCUUAGUUUCUAAUAUGAUCCCACCACGAGUGAUCCCACAUGGUAUGUACGACAGUGGUGAUGGCUUUUAUGAUCCAGCAAAGAGAGUUCUGUAUACGUACGAUAUGAGGUUCCUCAGGACUGCAGACGACGAGGAACAUUCCUGGAUCGUUAGUAAAUGCAGGAAAGCAGAACCAGAGGAACCAAAUGAUUCCAAGAAAAACUAAAAGUGUUUGAAAUGCGWGCAAAUUCACUUAAAUCUAGUGUUGAAUUGAAUUUUGUCACAAAAAAUAAUUUUUGAUUGAUUGUUUGGAUUGUUGUAUACUAAU